GCUUUCGAAAACGGUCCCUUUCUUCAAAACGGCUAUAUUUCUCUCUCUCUCUCUACAAUUCAAACUUCAAACUCUUUCUCACGAAAACCCAUUUUCAUUCUCUGAGAGAAAAUAAACUCAUUCCUCUUCCAACAGCGACGACGGAAAAUCUAAACACGAGACAAUUCAUAGAUCCCUUCUGUUGUUCAGAUACAAGUGUCCAAAAUGUCCAAACCUCAAAAUGAUCCCCUUCUGCAAUCGGAAACAACUUGUGGAACACUUCUCUAUGAGCUUCAGAUAAUAUGGGACGAAGUUGGGGAGUCUGAAACUGACAGAGAUAGAAUGUUGUUUGAGCUUGAACAAGAGUGCCUAGAAGUAUACAGAAGGAAGGUAGAUCUGGCAAAUCGAUCUAGGGCUCAAUUAAGGCAGGCUAUCGCUGAUUGUGAGGCAGAACUUGCCGCUAUUUGUUCAUCAAUGGGAGAGAGACCAGUGCAUAUUCGUCAGACUGAUCAAAAUGUUGGUAGCCUCAAGGAAGAGCAUGCAAGAAUUCUUCCGCAGUUGGAGGAGAUGCAAAAAAGGAAAUCUGAGCGUAGAAAUCAAUUCAUAGAAGUCCAAGAGCAGAUUCAGAGCAUUUCAAUUGAAAUACAUGGUCCUAGAGAGUAUAUUUCCGCUGUCAUAGAUGAAACUGAUUUAUCCGUGAGAAAACUUGAAGAAUUGCAUAUGCAGUUACAUGCACUUCAGAUUGAGAAGAGUAGUCGCUUAAAGCAAGUCCAGGAGUACCUGUAUACAUUAAAUUCUCUAUGUUCAGUGCUUGGUUUGGACUUCAAGCAGACAAUUAAUGGAAUUCAUCCUAGUUUAUUGGAAUCAGAAGGAUCUAAGAGUGUAAGUAAUGACACCAUUCAACAAUUAGCGGUUGCUAUAGAAGAACUGCGGGAGGUUAAAUUGCAGAGAAUGCAGAAGCUCCAAGAUCUUGCUACUUCAAUGUUGGAGCUCUGGAACUUAAUGGAUACCCCUGUUGAAGAGCAACAGAUGUUUCAAAAUGUUACAUGUAAUAUAGCCGCUUCAGAACAUGAAGUAACUGAACCAAACACCUUGUCUGUGGAGUUCAUCAAUUUGGUUGAGGCGGAAGUAGCUAGGUUAGAAAAGUUGAAAUCAAGCAAGAUGAAAGAGCUUGUAUUAAAAAAGAGAACAGAGCUGGAGGAGAUUUGUCGAAAGACUCAUUUGAUUCCAGAAAUAGAUAAUGCAGUGGAAUAUGCUGUUGAAGCCAUAGAAUCUGGUUCUGUGGACCCUGCUUGUGUGCUUGAACAAAUUGAACUUCAGGUUGCCCAAGUCAAAGAAGAAGCUUUUAGCAGAAAAGAGAUACUUGAAAGGGUUGAGAAAUGGUUGGCAGCAUGCGAUGAAGAGUCUUGGCUUGAGGAGUACAACAGGGAUGAUAAUCGAUACAAUGCUGGGAGAGGUGCUCAUCUUACUCUCAAGCGAGCUGAGAAAGCUCGUGCCUUGGUCAACAAAAUUCCAGCAAUGGUGGAUGGUCUGACUUCCAGAACUAUUGCAUGGGAGAAGGAAAAAGGCAUUGAAUUCACAUAUGAUGGUAUUCGUCUACUCUCUAUGCUUGAAGAAUACACUAUAUUACGCCAAGAGAAAGAGCAAGAACGCCGUAGGCAGCGGGAUUUGAAGAAACUACAGGGACAAAUGAUAGCGGAACAGGAGGCACUAUAUGGGUCAAAACCAAGCCCUUCCAAGCCCCAGAGUGUAAAAAAGGGGUCUAGGAUGUCAACAGGAGGAGCAACUAGUAGGAGAGUCUCGCUUGGGGGAGCAAUGCUUCAAACUCCAAAGCCUGAUUCUAAAGCUACUCGUGCCAUGAGAAAGACUGACAAAGGGCACCAAAUUGAGCAUUUAAGUUACCUGGAUGAUGGCAUUUCAGGUUUAUCAGCAGCUAGAAGAGGGCUGGAUAUUGCUGGCGUUCCUGUUAAAAAACACUCAUUUGGUGCUGGGACUCAAAUCAUAGAAUCUCCUCUGACACGACAACCUUUUUCUCCUAUCUGUUCUAACAAUGUAGCUUCAAAAGCUAAUGUGGCAAAUGCUACAGAUGAACAUAAACCGGGUGAGAAGUUGCAGAGAACACUGUCGCUUAACAAUGUACCAUUCACUACUCCCUCCAAGACAGCUACUACUUUGGUAGAUGAAGAGAAUAGAACUCCAAAGACAAUGCCCAUUCCUUUCCCAGCUACACCAUCCACAGUAUCAAUUCCAAUGAGUAUGGCUAUGACUCCAGUUCCUUCAUCAAUUAUAAAGAAUAUAAACUUGAAUCCAACUCUCACAAACACAGUAGUUCCUUAUGGAAAUGACUUGGUUCAAGAGAUUGAUUAUUCCUUUGAGGAAAAAAGGCUCGCUUAUAUGAUGUUAGCAUGAUUUUUUCUUAGGUGUUUUAUUUUACUUCCUGUGAUGGAUUAAUCACAAGUCAAUUGUAAUUGGCUUCCUGAUUGUGGUGUACAUUUGGAGAAGUGAAACAGACGUACACUGAUUUGAGAUUUUUUUUGCGGUCUAAUUGUCAUUUAGUUUUUUUCAUUGCAAAGAUUGUUUCAUCUAAGAAUGGCCUUGCCGUAUUUUGAGUUCAACAAAAAUAUCUUAAUGGAGAUGGAUUAUUAUUAA